AUGACCACCAUGGAUUCUAAACCCCAAUUUCCCCUAUUCAGCGCCCUCCCUACCGAACUCCGGAUCAAGAUCUGGGAAUUCGCUCUUCCAGGACCCCGCACCGUGCCCGUCCGGUACAGCCGCGUCGCCAAACAAUACAUAUCCCCCCUACCUCCCCCAGCGCUCUUACACACCAAUCCGGAAUCGCGCGCUAUCUGCCUCACUCAAUACACGCGACUAAUCCUCUCGCCCAAGCACCCCUCCUCGAUUUUCGUCUCGUUCCCGCUCGACACCAUCUUCUUCGACACGCUCGACUGCAGUCCCGAGGGCGAUCUGGCAUAUGAUCUCGUGGCGAGCCCGCACAGUGAUCGCAUCCUGCGCUGCGCAAUCGAUGUCCAGGUCUGGGAGGUCCUGCGCGUGUUCCGCUUUGAUAGCCUGAGCGAGGUGCGGCUGAUGCCCAAUCUGCAGGCGAUUGCGCUGGUGAUGCCGAAGGAGUCGUCGGGUGCUGGUGAGGAGAGAGGAGAGGGGGAGGGGGAGGACGCGGAUGGCCGCGGACUGGAGAGGGAAAGAGGCGCGCUGGUCAGGGAGUUUAGUGAUAGUUUGUGGUAUGUGGAGAAUUUGAGGCAGACGCUGGAGAGUGGCGUGAGGAAGCAUUGGGGAGAUGGCAUGCCGUCGGUGCAGCUGUGGUUCUCGCGAUGA